GAAAAUAUGACAAACAAUGUGACUGUAUCACAUCAGCUGGUGAUAUAACCUGACUUUGGCAAUUGGAAACGCAGAAAUGUUACGAAGGAUACUACCGAGUGUGCGGUUAACGCUGCAAGUGCCCAAGGCAACGGCAGUUGCUGUAAGGAACACGAGCGGCAGUGUUUAUGAGCCGGAUUAUCUCGAUUCUCUUAAACCGAAAUUCCCACAAUACGAAAGCCUGAACGUCCAGAUCAAGGGCUAUGACUAUCCGCAGUUGGAAAGCUACCAGAGGUUUCUUCAUGGAGUGGCCGAUUACCUGGAUCUGGACGUAUCCGAUUGCUAUGCCCUUCCUCCACAGCAGACCCAAGUACAGAGACUGCGACCGAACUCCACGGUCAUAGAGUCCGAAUACAAACUGACCACCUAUGAGAGAAACCUGCAGCUGAACAACGUAGAUGCUCCGGUUUAUCCCCAGUUUCUGCGCCUCGCGCAGGCCGCUUUGCCCGAAGGAGUGAGCUUGAUGGUCCAGGAGCACACCGACGACUGCGAGGAGCGACGUUAUGUGCCCGACAAGGAAUUGCUUGACCUUAAGGACGAACUUGAACGCAUGGGCGGACCCCUUAAUACCAAGAAGAAGUAGGCGUAGCCUCAGAUUUGGCAAACAUUUAAUGCUAAGCUUUAAUGAGUAACCUGUGUGUAAAGUGUAGAGAGAACCUAUAAAUAAAAACUUUCCUAUUUAAA